AGGAGAGACACGAGAGCGCUUUUCUCAUUCAGUCCGGCGACACAUCCAUGAAUGAAUGCGGUGCGUUUACUGGGGUGAGUGCAAGCUUUAAGUUCUACAUCACCUUCGACGCUUCAGUAAAACGUAACUAGAAACAGAAAAAAAAAGAGUUUCCAAAAGUCCAGUCCCUUCGGAGGAUCGGCUCACCGCGUUACGCACGCACAGCACCGCAACAUAUUUACAUUAGGACACUUGCAACUUUAUCUAUAAAGUGUCACGGAUCUGCUGCAUUUAAUGUCUGUUUCAUAAUAGUCAGCAUGUAGUCGGUCAAAUGAAAGAUAUGUUUAUGAAUGGAGCCGCUGAAUGCGCUCGAGCGCGCAGCAGUUCAUGUUCCAUCUCCAAUAAAUCGCUUAAAGUCAGUCUCCUACUUCAAAGGGUGAUCGGACGGCGCGCUCAGAGAAUGGACGGACUUUACGACCAACAAGUGCCUUUCAUAAAAUCUCAUAAUCCUCAGGGAAAGACGUCCAAGACGAGACCAGCGAAGGACAGGAAAAGAAAAUUCAUUAACUCUGACCUGGCGUUGAACACCGAGGAGCUGUUUCAAGAUCUCAGCCAACUUCAGGAGACCUGGCUCGCUGAAGCUCAAGUUCCUGACAAUGAUGAGCAGUUUGUUCCAGACUUUCAGAGUGAAAACUUGGCGUUCCACGGGCUGCAGUUGAGGAUAAAGAGAGAGCCCCACAGUCCGUGUACUGAUCUGGGCUCAGCCUGCAGUCAGGAGAGGCCCUUCAGAAUCCACUAUGGGGAGAAGUGCCUGUAUAACAUCAGUGCCUACAAGCAGAAGCAUCCCUCGGGAAUGAAGGCCUCCAGCCCAGUGUCUACCCCCUGCAGCACACCCGUGUCCCCUGGCCAGCAUGUGUCUCCCACUGCCGCCCCCACCCCGAAACCAGACAGGACGUACCCUCACCUCGCACCCCCACAGCCCCUCCCUGACAGCGCUUACCCCAUGGACCACAGUGUUUUGUUCAGAUUUCGGCGGCAGUUGUCAGAGCCGUGUCAUUCGUUCCCCUCUCAUUCGAUGUCGCGGGACGGACGGCCCAUGUAUCACAGACAGAUGUCAGAACCCAGCAUCCCCUUCCCUCCUCAGGGGUUCAAGCAGGAGUACGGAGACCCCCUCUUCGAACAUCCGGCCAUGGUGGGGGCGCCGCUCCCCCAGACGUACCCGCACUCCAUGAUGAUCAAACAAGAGCCUCGCGACUUCACCUACGACUCAGAAGUGCCUAGCUGUCACUCUGUAUAUCUUAGACAAGAAGGAUAUCUGGCCCACAAUAACAGAACAGAGGGAUGCAUGUUCGACAAAGUUGCAAGGCACUUCUAUGAUGACACUUGUGUGGUACCAGAGAAGGUUGAAAGUGAUAUAAAGCAAGAGGCGGGGCUGUACCGUGAAGGCCCGACCUAUCAGAGACGAGGCUCGCUGCAGCUCUGGCAGUUUUUGGUGGCCCUAUUGGAUGACCCCUCAAACUCACACUUCAUUGCGUGGACAGGACGGGGAAUGGAGUUUAAACUCAUUGAGCCCGAGGAGGUGGCGCGACGUUGGGGAAUUCAAAAGAACCGGCCUGCUAUGAACUACGACAAACUUAGCAGAUCGCUGCGCUAUUACUAUGAGAAAGGCAUCAUGCAAAAGGUGGCAGGCGAAAGAUACGUGUAUAAGUUUGUCUGCGACCCCGAGGCUUUGUUCUCCAUGGCCUUCCCUGACAAUCAGCGCCCGGUGCUGAAGACCGACCUGGAGCGGCAGAUCAAUGAGGAAGACACCGUGCCGUUGUCACACUUCGAUGAGAACAUGGCGUACAUUCAAGAGGGCGGCUACUGCAAUCCGCACCCGUACAACGAGGGCUACGUCUACUGAAAACUGCUACCGGCCGUUUGAAAACAAAACAAACUUUCAGACUUAUCCCUCAUUUCCUUUAGUCAUUCCCCAGGACAAAAGAGAGCACUUUAUGGACAGAAGAUGAUGGCAGUGUGUAAACCUACAAACGUACUGGUGUAGUUACGUUAGAUGCUCCUUUGGUGUUUUUUGUUGCUAUUGAAGGGGAUGGGGUGUUUCAGCAUGCCGUUUUCUCACAGC